UCCACGACCAGGUCCGGCGGCGCAGCACGUCCCCCAGUCCAACGUUCAGGCUAUGUUUCCUAGCAUGGCGGCUACCAUUGUGAAGAGCGCGAUGUGCAGGACGCGAACAUCGGUUCACCGACCGAACCCGACUAUGUUCUACUUUCCCGGCUUGUCGUCCCGGCCGUGGCAUGACCCGGCGAGCUUCCCCUGGUGCCAGGAGAUGGAGAAGAACGUCCCCGCGAUUCGCGCGGAGUACGAGAACCUUGUGCACAAGAAGAAAGCGGCUUCCGACUACGACACGGGCGGCGACGGUGGCGAGCACAAGCUGCACUCCGGGCAGUGGGACUGGCACAGCUACGUGCUCAAGGGCAGAAGGCAGGAGGUCUUCCGAGAGCACUGCCCGCUAACCGCGUCGCUAUUGGAUGGUGUGGCGGAUCACAUGGUGGGCACGCCGUUCUCGUUCUCGUUUUUUUCCACGCUGCACGGCGGCAGCUCCAUCGCCGCCCACACCGCCCCCUGCAACUUGCGUCUGCGGUGCCACUUGCCCCUCACCGUGCCGUCCACGGACCCUUCGCAGUGCGGGAUACGUGUGGGCGGAGAGAUUCGACCGUGGGAAGAGGGCAAGUGCAUAGUUUUCGAUGACUGCUACGACCAUGAGGUGUGGAACAAGACCGAGAGGGAGCGCGUGCUGCUGUUGUUCGAUCUUUGGCACCCGGACCUAGCCGGGGAGGAGAGGAAUGCGGUGACCGACAUGUUUGGGUACGCAGCAAGGCAAGGCUGGCUUAGGGGUGGCGACAACGAAGGGAAGAUAUGAUAAUAGGAGAAGUGGGCGUGCCGUGAUGGGCGAAGACAGCAGUUCGCAUGUUGAUUAACUUCAUUCAUUGUUCAACCACGGCGUGUAUGGGCAUGGGGCAUCGAUCGGCGUGGUGGGUGGAUGGAUGUGGAGCUGGAUGGGGGAUGGGUUUCAGACGAAGUCUGGCCACACGCGUUCUUCCGUCCUUCCGCGAACCCUCCGUGGGCCUUGGAAUAUGCCGAGGGUAGGAGGCCUAACAUCGACCGCGCGCUUCAGAGGGAGAGAUCGUCGUGAAGCAGUUGCUGCUGGCUGUGUCAACAAAACUUGAGCUGGCUACCUGUAUUUCUCCCGUGAGAUGGACAUCAGCUCUCCCGCGUUUCAAAAAAGUGGGAAUCGCACAGCUAUUUAUUGUUUUAGCCUGUGAAUCAAUCAUGUUGUUUUUUCGUUGUCUUCACUUCAAAUCAGCGUUCACAGCACUAGUGCCGUUAACUCCAACCCGUGGUCAAACAG